UAGCAAAAUCCGGACCUGAACCCAGUCUCUAUAAAACGUCGUCGAUGCGCUUUACCAAUUGGAGAGGGUUUGGAUUAGGGUUUGGCCUCAGCAGCCCUGAUCUCAGACUCUUCCGUUCCAUCUCUUUUGGUUUUGGAUUCCGUCUUUGACUAGUGCACUGGCUGGCAAUGGGAUCCUCCUCGUCGCCGGAGGUCUGCAUAAACGACGUCCUCACAGACGACGAGCUUCGAGCGAUACUGGCGAAGCUGCACGCCGACAAGGAGAAGGAGCUCUUCGGCCUGGUCUGCAAGCGGUGGCUGCAUUUGCAGAGCACCGAGAGGCGCAAGCUCUGCGCUCGCGCCGGCCCGCAUAUGCUCCGCAAGAUGGCUGUUCGCUUCACGCGCCUCCACGAGCUUGAUCUCUCUCAGUCCGUCUCCCGCUCCUUCUACCCCGGCGUCACCGACUCUGAUCUCUCUGUCAUUGCCUCUUCCUUCUCCUGCCUGCGUGUCCUCGACCUUCAAAAUUGCAAAAGUAUCACAGAUGCUGGAAUUGCAGCAAUAGGAUGUGGUCUUUCUUCUCUACAGUCCUUAGAUGUAUCUUAUUGUAGAAAACUAACAGACAAGGGCUUGUCAGCUGUUGCUGAGGGCUGUCAUGACCUGAGAAUCUUGCAUCUUGCGGGUUGCAAAUUUGUCACAGAUGCUUUAUUCCAAGCUCUUUCCAAGAACUGCCAUUGCCUAGAAGAGUUAUGCUUACUGGGGUGCACCUACGUAACUGACCGUGGGCUCAUUGUUCUUGUUGAAGGCUGUCGAAACAUAAAGCACUUGGAUAUCAGUAAAUGCAUUAAUGUUGGGGAUAUUGGGAUAUGCAAUCUAUCCCAAGCUUGUUCAUCUUCUUUGAAGACACUUAAGUUGUUAGACUGCCGCAAAAUUGGAAACGAGUCCAUAUUAUCCUUGGCUAAAUUCUGUAAAAAUCUAGAAACUCUUGUAGUUGGCGGGUGCCAGGACAUAUCUGAUGAAUCUAUAAAAUCAUUGGCUGCUGCUUGUAGUCAAAGUCUCAAACACCUUCGGAUGGAUUGGUGUUUAAAUGUUUCUGACUCAUCAUUGAGCUGCAUACUUUCUGAGUGCAGAAAUCUAGUGGCUCUGGAUAUUGGCUGCUGUGAGGAGGUGACAGAUUCUGCUUUUCAGGGAAUUGGCAGUAAUGGAUUUGAGUUACGUGUAAAGGUUUUGAAAGUAAGUAGCUGUCCAAAGAUUACAGUGGCUGGGAUAGGCCUAAUAUUGCAGUUAUGCAGCUCUUUAGAAUACCUUGAUGUGAGGUCAUGCCCACAUAUCACAAAGGCGCUUUGUGAUGAGGCUGGAUUGCAGUUUCCUCAGUAUUGCAAAGUAAACUUUACUGGGAGUUUAGCAGAGCCAGAUGUGCUAAUUUGAACUCGAGAUUUUAUGGUCCAAUCCAACCGUACUGGAAACUUCAUCUGAUGAAACUUGAAGGGCAAUUCCGUUCGGAAAGUUAAGGGAUCGGUACAAGAACAGGUGGGCUGUUACCACUUUGCCUUUCGGGCUGUGCUGUGUUCAUGUGUUGGCUUGAGAUAUCUGGAAUGUUACCUGUUUCAUAUUUAAGACAUGGAAGUUUUUGUUAACUAGUCUGUACAUUAUUUGCUUGUUUUUCUUUUCCAUUUUGGAAACUGGGAUAUGGUCUUGUAAUAUGAAUGACAGAUGUGGAUUUGGAUAUUUGUGUGUCAAUAAGAUGAGCAUGUGUCUUGACAAUGCACAAUGAGCAGCACCAUUUAAAACUGU